AUGGAGUUUAUGAGUAGUUUAGGCUCACAGGAGGACGCUUAUCGUCCUUCUUUAUUUGAGCUUGUAGCACAAGAGAAACUUAAAGAAUUAUUACAACCUGCUGUUCAAUACGUCUUGGCUAUCUAUGCUCAACGAUACCCGCGUUUAUUACUCAGGAUAGUCAAUAACCACGAAGAAUUCUAUGCUCUCUUGAUGCUGUUGGUAGAAAGACAUUAUCUAAAAGAAUGGGGGGGUUCAUUCGCAGAGAAUUUCUAUGGCUUAAAGCGAGUCGCUUCAUCAACUCAUUUGAAUACACCAUUCAUCCCUCAACAUGGAUCCACACCUCCUCUUACACCCCACCAAAUCAAAACAUCAUUGAUGGUCUUGGUAGGUUUACCUUAUGUCAAAUCUAAACUCGAUAUAUGGUAUCAACAAGUCUCGGGUGGAUCUAUUCUUGGAAAUGAACAGGAGGAACGAGAUAUAGAAGAACUAGAGAGCCCAGAGACACCAUUAUCCAGAAAAUGGAUGAUUCGCCUUAAGCGACUAUUUAAACGAGUGUAUCCUAUGCUUCAUUUCUUGUAUUAUGGAUCAGGACUAGUAUACAAUAUGGGCUAUUUGUUUGGCAAGACGCGUUACUAUACGCCUUGGUUGCAUUGGAUUGGAUUAGAAGUAAAGCGUAUGAGCAUGCAUGAUUAUCGCGCUUACUAUGACAAGACAGCUGGAACUAGUCUACCAAAGCCAUCCAUCAAGCACCCACUCCGCCUUGUUUCAACUGUGUUCAGUAAACUAAUAGAAUUCCUCAAGGUACUUUUGCCUAUGUCUAUUUUUUUCUUCAAGUUUUUAGAAUGGUGGUAUUCUUCUGAAUUCUCUCGGAACAAUACUAUACAAGACAAUGACAUGAUCCCACCUCCUCAAAAGACAAAGCCUGAUCCAAGAGGUACACCCUUACCUUCAAGCCCCAAUACAUGUCCAUUAUGUUCAACAAAACCCAUCAACAACCCAACUGCUUUACCUUCUGGUUAUGUAUUUUGUUAUACCUGUGCUUACCAUUAUAUACAGGAACAAGGAAGAUGUCCUGUCUCUUGGAUCAAGACAGACACAGACCAUCUUACAAAACUAUAUGCUGAUGUCAUGUAA